AUGUCAGAUAUAGAUAUAGAUAAUGUAUUAAAUCUAGAAGAAGAACAAUAUGAGUUAGGAUACAAAGAAGGUCAAGCACAAGGUACAAAAGAUCAAUAUUUAGAAGGGAAAGAAUAUGGCUAUCAAACAGGAUUUCAACGGUUUUUGAUUGUUGGUUUUAUUCUGGAAUUCGUAAAGUUUUGGCUGUCUAAUAUAGAUCAAUAUAAUACUUCUUCUUCGUCGCUUCGGAAUCAUUUGGAUAAUUUGAAAAGUAUUCUAGCAAACAUAUCCACAACUAACGAUGAUAAAGAAGUCGAGGAAUAUGAAAAGAAUAUUAAAAAGGCAAGGAAUAAAUUAAGGGUGAUAGCAACUAUAACUAAAGAAUCCUGGAAAAUUGAUUCUUUAGAUAAUUUAGUGAAAGAAGUCGGAGGAACUUUACAAGUUAGUGAAAAUCCCGAUGAUAUGUGGUGA